AUGAGGCUUUUAUCAGUCUUGUAUAUUAUCCUCGCCCUCAGAUUUGCCUCAACUGGGAAUGGCGAUGAUGGAAGACUGAGAAGGAAUAGUUCUACAUAUUCCUCUUUCUCGGAGCCCACCUCUCCCAGAGAUAUUUCCCAGUUUGUAAAGCCAGAGAGUCCACCAAAGUACUUUGGAAUUGACAUUGACGGGACAUUACACACUAAUAAUAAGGAAAGUUUUGAGAAGAACAUCGAGGCUUUCGCAGAGGUGAGGAAGAAGGGUUAUACGCCAUUCUUUUGCACUGGAAGAUCUCUUACAUCAGCAAUGAACGUUGUAGGAGAAGAGUUCAAGACAAAGACAGGUUAUAAUGGUUACCCUGGUGUAUACAAUGACGGCUCAAUAGUUUACGAUAAAGACGGAAAUCUCAUUUAUUCCAAGCCAUUUUCAAAUACAGUCUUAGAAGCGAUCACGGAACGUUUGGUGGCUGAAAAUCUCAAGGAUAAAUGCCUCUUUUGCACAAAAGAUGCAUUUUAUUCUCUCGCUGAACUUGACCAGGAGUUCCAAAACAUUUUUGACUCACUGAAUGUAAUAUUUCCAAGGCUAGAAGUAAUUGGCACGAUCCUAGAUAUUGGUGUGGCUGAAGUUUUCAUUCAAUCAAGGACCUUUGAUAUUCCUGGUCUUGAGAGGGGUGUGGACUAUGUUGAGAAAUAUGUUGGAGUAGAUGGCAUUGCUUUGUCUCCUCCAGGGAUUACCAAAGGGUCUGCAUUUUCCACUUUAAUCAAGCAUUCUGGAGGAAAACCAGAAGACUAUGGAUUUAUUGGUGAUGGAGAUAAUGAUACAGAAGCUAUGGAGUUUUGUAAUGUCUCAUUUGCAGUUGGCAACUCACCAGAUGAAGUUAAGAAGCACGCAAAAUGGGUGUUAGAGGAGACCUGUGACCAAGGAGCAGUUGCAAAGGCCCUCAAACUCACAUACGAUUUAUAG